GCGUGGUUAACACUUUCCUGUACCUGUACUAUACUCUAAUAUCUAUGUAAAUGGCGACCCUAAUAGGCAAAACAUUUAGCCAGGCUACUCGAAGCUUCUUAAAGGCCUCUAACUGGAGCCGUCUUGCUAGCUCUCUAGUAAUAGCUGAGCACAAUGGAAGUGAUGUUGUUCCAUUGACAUACAACAGCAUUGGAGCAGCGAAGCAACUUGGAGGAGAUGUAACUGUACUGGUAGCUGGGAAAGACUGCUCAAACGUUUCAAAACAACUGGCUCAAGCUGAAGGUGUGUCAAAGCUACUUGUAGCUCAGAACGAUAUCUUUGAUGGAUUCUUGGCAGAGACAUUGACUCCACUUAUUCUUGAGACUCAGAAACAAUUUAAUUUCACUCACAUUCUUGCCGGAGCUGGUGCUUUCGGAAAAAACCUUAUUCCAAGAUUAGCUGCUAAGCUAGACGUUGCUCCAAUAUCAGAUAUCAUUGGUAUUAAUGGAGAGAGAGAGUUCGUACGUACAAUAUAUGCUGGGAAUGCUAUACAGACUGUCACUUCCUCUGAUCCAGUCAGUCUAAUCACUGUUAGGGGGACAGCAUUUCCCCCCAGUGGGCCCACUGGAGGAUCAGCUAAUAUUGAGGAUGCUCCUUCAGUCGCAGUAUCAUACGACCUCUCAAAGUUUGAGGGACAAGAACUAAGUAUCAGUGAGAGGCCAGAGCUGACUGCUGCAAAGGCCGUAAUAUCAGGAGGUAGGGGCAUGAAAAAUGGAGAAAAUUUCGAGUUACUCUAUAAUCUGGCUGAUAAAUUAGGAGCAGCAGUUGGAGCAUCCAGAGCUGCAGUUGAUGCUGGGUAUGUCCCUAAUGAUAUGCAAGUUGGUCAGACUGGGAAAAUCGUUGCUCCUGAAUUGUAUAUUGCUGUUGGUAUCUCAGGCGCUAUACAACAUUUAGCUGGCAUGAAGGAUAGUAAGGUCAUUGUAGCAAUCAAUAAAGACCCUGACGCCCCUAUAUUUCAAGUUGCAGAUUUCGGGCUAGUGGAAGAUUUGUUUAAAGCUGUUCCAGAGUUAACUGAGAAAUUAUGAACUGUCAUAAUUACCGUACAGAGUAUUAUUUUACUUGUUCUUAUUUAAAAGCAUGUCAAUAAUUAUAAAGUUUAAUUCAAUACAUUUUGGGUCUCAAUACAAA